GCUGAGACACAAGAGAUGAGACAGUUGUUUGCAUGACGUUAUUGUUAUAGUAAAUGUUUUGGUGUCAGAGAGAGGAAUUUUCUGGUCCAGCCGGGGGUGGUGUCUGACAGUAAUAGUACUGAGCUUCUUGCUCACAAGGCAGGAAAUUUGAGUGUUACUAAUAAUAAAAUUACCCAAAGACUGUUGUGAAAUAGCAAGAAAUCAGGAAGAUGAGAUGACAAUAACAUCACUCAGAGAGUAGUGGAGGGGUGUGUGAAAGAGAGGAACAGAAAAAAUGGGACAGGGAAGUCCACCAAGACUCUAGAGAGAGAGAGAGAGAGAGAGAGAGAGAGAGAGAGAGAGUGAGACCAAACGGAGGAAGGCUGUGACUGAGGCAGGCUUGCUUUGAAUAUGGUGGAGGCAUCUUUGGGCAUUGGCAGGAGGGAAGCCAGAUAGCCACUGUAUUAGGAAUUCAGGAAAAUGGAAAGGGAUUUGGGGAGAGGAAUAUGAGUUAAGGUAGGUAGUCAGAGGGAGACUGAGAAGACAGAGUCAAUGUCUCUGGAGUAGCACUGCCAUGUUCUCCUCUGCCUGAAGCCUUGCUUGUUGUCUCAAGUGUUACCUUAUUCUGCCACCCUGUUACAUUCAAUUGCUCUCUGCCUUUAGGUGUGUUUAUGGCCCUGCUGCCCCUUUGUGUAGUAAUCAGAGAUCUACACGGAGCCCCGAUGAAGGCAGCAAAACAUGAAAGAGUCAAUCUUUGGGAUGAGUUUAGUAACAGCCUGAAACUCUCCAAGAAGCUAUUGAAUCAGAGCCGGAACCUGAAAAAUAUCUAUGUGAAAACAUGGUUGGAGGGGGCUCAAGUAACUUUCUCCAGAAGCAUGGGAAACCUCCCCUUAGCCAGCAUUAGCAUCAAGGAUUGGCUCAGGCUAAAGGAAGGAGAACGUCUUAGGCUGUUGCAUGAGGGUCUACAGGUGUUUCCAGUGUAUCUGAAUAAGAUGGAGGAGUGGAGGGAGAAGGAAGGAUCUGGCCAAAGUGGAGAUGCACAUAUUCCUUUUGCUGAGUUGAUCAGUAUUGUGCGACUAGACCUUCGAGACCUUCUGCACCAUAUCAAAAUACAGAUGUCACUAUUUAAGGUGACCCCUUCUGAGGUGACAGUGAGGGAACCCUAUUUCGAUGGCAGUGACUGGCACAGCCGUAUCCAGAUGUUCCAGGCCCUACGAAGCAUGGAGCAGUUCCUGUUUCGGGCGGUGAGAGAAUACGCCGCAUUACGCCACACCACCAGAGGUUAAGAGAGGGUUGGGCUGGGGAGUCACAUGCACAUUAGGCUGGUUAUCCGGCUGACCUCCUUCGACUCCCACAAGUCCUUAUACAGACACUAUGCAAGAUUUGUACUGGCCUCAGGCUGUUGGGAAGUCUCUCAUUGCUGGGAGCAAAAUGUUCUCAUGACAUGGAUAAGGGGGCAAGAUUUGCACUUAGGGGUCCUUAAAUCAUUUGAUUAGAUGAUCCUAUAUAAAAUUACCUAGAGCUGAUAUAGGCAUCUUCAUAAUGGGAACUACUACUGCAAAUCUUUUAGAGCUCAUCACAAGUUUUUCCAGUACCUGUCCACAAAAUUCCUUCUACUGCUCCAAAUUAAAUCUCUUACUGCUUCAUUUAACUCCUCUUUUUAUAUAAAGCCCUCCCUUGAACACCCCCAUCGUCUCAAUUAGCCCAUCCCUGUAACUGAUGCUACUUUUCCAUUAAACCCUUUCAUAUAUAUUCCUUUUUCUUCAGAACUGCCUACAUAUAUCUACUUGCAUGUCUCCACUGAAGUCCUCCCUUCAAUUACUCCCACUUUUCCACAUAGCCUUUUCUUUUAAUUUUCUGACCCUGUCUCCAGAAAAAUCGUCCUCCUCCAAAAACCCUUCCCUCUAAUGUUUGUAAUCACCCUCUUCCUAUAAUUCUUCUGGCUUCACCACAAAACAUCUCUUUUCACUCCUCCUAUUGCUCCAUAUAACUCCUCCUAUUGCUCCAUAUAUCCCUCCCUAUAACUCCUCCU